AUGUUCAAACUUUUAGCCAUUAUCUCUGUUAUCCUUAUUGCUUUUACCUUUGCCAACGCUGAAAUUACAAGUGUUGUUCAAACUGGCAAACAAAUUGUAGUAACUUAUACCCCAGGUACCAUUUCUUGGAUUGAACAAUCACUUGUCCUCCAAGGAGCCAAGACCAAUAUAAAGCCAUAUUGUACCAAUAAUGGUAGCAGUCCAGUCACUUGCACAUUGCCAUCUGUUCCAGCAUGUGAUUCUGUCCGUUUCUUGGGUUUCAGUGGAAUUGGCGGUCCAACCUUUGAUUUUGUCUUCCCAAUUCAAUGUACUGUUGUUGCUUAA